CGGAUAGUCAGUCAGCCGGUGUAUUUUGCUUCUUUUACCGGUAUUAGAACGCUUCUCUUCAAAUUCAUUUUCUGAAUAAACGAAAAAGAAGAGGAACGUGUCCUAUUCCGAAGAUCAUUCGAUGAAGAUUUGUUAAAGCAUCGCGCGCGUUUUUUUCGUUUUGUUGGUUACAGUGUUCGUAGAGUAGAAAAUAGGCGUGAUUAAUUAAACAAGAACAUUGGACAGUUUUAAUUCGACCUUGUUAUAUGACGUUGAUGAUCUUCAUUUAUAAAAAGUCUUUGUGAUACACGGCUAUUCUUUGGAAGCUAUCCAAAUUUGGACGCGAACGGUGUUCCUUGCAAAGGAUCCUUUGUCGCUUCAAUUUUACUUGUGAUUCACUGAAAGAAGCUUUCAGCAAUAUCUACGGCAAAUUGAGUAACAGUAACUCUUAUCCGUGAUUCGGUUCGUGUGUUUUGAAUGAACGUGCGACGCUAAAGAGAAAAAGAACACUCAAAGUGCUUGAUGAAACCGAGCGAGGCGAAACGGUUGAUCAAAAUUUUCCUGCUACGGACGAUCCUUUGCCGGAGAAAGCGGGAGAAACGGAAGUCUGGAGACUCGAAGGAGGACGAAAAACAAAUUCCCGUGAGCAAGAAUCGUUGCUCCUGCUGUCUAAAGCCAUUUUUCUUGGGACGUGGAGUCCGCUGUGAGGAUUGCGGUGGAAAAUCCUGCAGGAAAGGCUGCUCCCGUUGGGACCCGUCAGAUAACGCUUGGCAUUGUCUCUUUUGCCGUCAACAAAGGUACUGGUUGAAGAAAAACGGAGUAGAGGCAUUCGGUGGGCCAAUCGACGAGAAAGAUUUACAUCGAUACUUCAAUACGGCAAAAUCACAAGUUUACGUGGCAGGAGUGGAAAAUGCAGCUACCAGUUCGGGACGGGGUUUGGCCACGAAGGAAGAAGAGGCGAACACGAUGGAAACGGUUCGAGAUUUCGUUGAGAAGAUAGUGGUGAGAUUGAUGGGUAACUUGAACGACACCCCGAUCCAUCGAUUAUACGAUCAUCCGGCAUAUGACAAGCUUAUGGAAAGACAUAUAACACCCUUGGUAGACGCGCUCUCACGUUUGGCCAUGGCCCUGCGAUUGUCCUUAGAAAACAAACCAAGCACGGAUUCGCCAACGAUGGCGCACACGGCGCUGCGCGAGAUCGUGGAGCGUGCCGUGGACGAAGCGAGGAAGUUGCCGGGCCUCGGUGGUUCCGGUGUGUCCGGAAAUGCUCCAGAGGCACGGAACGUCGUGGAGGACAGUUACGAGGAUAUACUCGCCACCGCGAUACUCAACAAGGUCAUCGAGAAAUUCCAAAAGGAACAGGUGGACGGCAAUAGCAACGUUCUCCCAGGAAAACCAGUGUCCGCUAAGUGUGCGUUAAGCGAAAAUGAGGCAGGUCUCGACGAAGGUGUGGAAGAAGGCUGCAGCAGCCUGGAACCACUGUCUCAGGAUGAUUGUAGCAGUGACUGUAGUGCGUCUUGCUCGAGACGCGUUAGAAACCAACCGGAGCCAUUAUCUCUCACGAUAGAGGAAAGAAUUGAGGAAGUGACGACAACUUAUGCGUCCGACGAGGAUCAUAGGGAACAUGACAUCUUGCCCAUUAAGAACGCCCAUCGAGUUCCGUUUCCUGAACUUGGAAUGGACAUUAUCGAUCCUUGUCAAGAAUCGGAGGAUAGUCAGGACGAUCCAGACACGACGACCACGCACAUAGGUUUAGUUUCUCCGAUCGAAUCGUGGGAAGAGAAUUGGUUGUUCCAAAAGAAGAGAGUUCAAAGCCAAGCUGACCCUGUGGCCAUGUUGGUGCCUCAUCCUAGCGCCGAUUUCAAGGCUUUAAUCGGUGACAAGGACGCGGAAGACACAUCCGAUUUGUCCGAGUGUUCAUCGGCACAGUCAGACGAAGAGAUAGAAAAAGAAUUAAUGGAAGCCAUAAGCAGCGUCGUGCCACGAUCUCCGAAGAAAAAGGAGUUCGAGAAUGGUCUGGAGUACUUAAAUUCGUCAGACGACUUUUCGUUGCAGAAGGAUGAUGUGAAUUCAUUUUCCAAUGGCGGAUACGUAUACGUAUCUGAUGAGGAAAAGACUGACCGUAGACGCGUGAAAGACCAAAGGAAAGCAGAGAAACAGAGGGAAAAAGAAGAAGAUUAUAAACAAAGUGUAAAGGGAAACGAAGAAGUGAAAGCCAAAGAGAUUAAGGAGAAGGAAGUGAAAAGAAAAUUGGAGAGAGUCGAAACUGAGGAUGAGAAACCUGUUUCAGAAUCAAUAAAUGUAAUUAGUAACGGCUUGAAGAAGGUAGGAAUGGAGCGACAGAAAACGAACAAUGUAUCCGACGAGGAUAAAACGAGAAAUUUAAUCAACGGGGACAAUUUCAUUAAAGUAGAUCGAUCGCUAAAGAAAAGUGAAUCGGAUAAUCUAUCGAAUUCUGUUAAUUCGAAGCCUUUGACGAUUAUUCUGCCCGAUGAAAGUGAGCUAAACGUGCCAAAGACACCGACACCCACGCCAACGAGGAUUUCCAUGGAAAUUAAUCUGGGAAAUCCUCACAGCGAGAAAACGUGCAUCUCGCAGGAGAAGAUCGUUCUGAAUUCCUUGGAAUGCGCGAAGAAAAAACUGAUGGCCGUCAAUGACGACAGUGUGGAAGCAUUCGAAGACGAGGAAACCAUGUUUGCUCAGCAAAAAGUCGACUUUCAUGCCGAAGAUAUUCAGCAGGAAAGCGAAUACACCGAACAUUACGAUAUCGCGACUCAGAGACACUUGGAUAGCUUGACAAAGUCCGAAUCGUUCGAGUUUUCGCCAUUAACGAAUUCCUCGAUAGAGGAUGACGAAAGUAAGUGCCGACAGGCUGUGGCGUUUGCCAAAGCUGAAUCGGCUUCGCAUCUGUCCCUGCAGAACAAGGAUCCGGAGGAAGAGGGUCGGCUAGGUACUCCUCCGAGACCAGGUACAAUUGCUGAACGCGAGCACAAAAAGUGGGAAAAUGCACCACCUAUCGAGAACAACCCCUAUAGCCAGGAAAACAUUCAAAAGAGGCUUUUGGAGAGGCAGUACUCUAGAAGAUCGUCAGACAUUCCUGGAAUUCAUACCGAAUUGCCAAAGAGCAACGGUGCGGAUAUGGAUGUCGUGCUGGCGCCCCAUGAACCGGAUAUCAAAAGGUUCGGCAGGGACUAUUACAUCAACGAUUCAAGAGCAUCGGGUAACGAGAAAGGGAGAAGAUCGACGGCGUCGACCUCGAGCAGACCCAGCAGCUCGUUGUCUCAACGAUCAAGUUCCAACGGAAUAGCGGACCCGGAUCAACAGGUGAGUUUCCAGCUCGAAAAGUUCGAGGAGGCUUCCCUGCGUGGCAGCCUUUCUAGAUGGACCUAUCGCGAUCCGUACUCCAGUCCGCAAUUUGCCAUCAACCCUCUUCUACGUUUGGAACUUGAUGUAUCAACAGAACCAACUGAUCGUGAUCACGAAAAAAUCAACGGCUCUAACGAAAAAUCGACGGGAAACGAUGUUCCAAACGGUAUAGAAUAUUCGAAAAAUAUGACAGAGAAUAAAGAACAUAUCGACAAGUACGAAGCGAUCAUAGAGAAGGAAACUAAAUAUUUUGAUAUCGGUGGACAAGAUGCUAAACCUCUUGGCAUUGACAAUGAUAUUUUAAAACUUAUAUCGAAUGAAUUUUCGCAAAAGGUCGCUUAUAAUCCGCUCUACGAACCAGAGAAGAGUAUCCUGAAGUCAGAUGACUCAGGAAUGUUCUCGGUCGAUAUGAACCCCAUGGAGGAUAAUAAGAAGCAAAGUGAGGAGUUCUGGAGGCUAUGGAUCAAUGACAAUCAGAAUCAUACGAAAAACGAUCAGAUUCUGUCGUUCAAUGGAAGAAGAUACUGGAACCUUAAUGGCUACAAGUAUCACACAUUCGGAGGAAUAAAGAACUCUCUGGAUAAAAGCGUGGAAGAUUCUGACGCGGAGGAUAACUUGAAAAUGGAGACACGUGACGACGAGCCCUUCGAUAUCACGGAUUUUAGUAAAUUCAAGUUUCAGACAUUUGGCGGUAUAAAGAAGGGCAAGAAGAUCGACGGGAAAGGAAUUCCCAUGUAUAGAAAAAUGAUAUUAAGAUCGUGUAUAAGGAAUUGUAAAAAUACCAAAGGAAUGAGGUCGUCUCACAGCGAUUCUGCUUUACAGCGCAUGAAUGGAAUAAAUAAUGCGUCGAACGAAAAUAUCGAUCAGGAGUCUGAUAGACAGAGCGAUUAUGAAAGUGACAGUUCCGAGGAGAGAGAUACGAUGAUGUACCUUAAUAUAAAUACGAAGAGAAAGCGUAAUAACAAGUUCUACAAGAAACGAGUUAAGACGGUGUUUUCAUCAUGUAGAUCGUCCUCGGACGAAUCUUGGCAAGACGAAGAUGUUCAAUCGCCUGACAAACUGACAAUGCGAAAAUGUCUAAGAGACACGCCUAAGAAGAUCAAAUUACGACCGAAUCCGGAUAACGAUUCUAAUUAUUUUUUCAAUACGUCCAGAAGGAAGGUGUUCAACGAUAGUUUGAGAAGAGUUCGAUCGCAGAAACGAUUGUCGGACGAUAACGAAAGUUUGAAGCUGGUACCACCUAUCGUGCCGCAGAUGGUGGAAAAAACUUUCGAAACUUUACAAGAUCUUCGAAGCAAAGGGAAGAAAAAGAAGAGCAAAAGUUCCGAAUCGAACGGCCAAAAAAAAACUGGUGUGAGAUGUUUGACCGAUCUGACGAUAUGGUGAAAGUAGUUACUUAAAUUGGUUCCCGUUGGGAAAUCUAAACUCUUCCACGCGUAUAGAAGUUAGCACUUUGUUCUUUAAAAAAGAAAUGUCUUUUUUUAUUUUAUCGUAUAUAGUGCCAUAUUGUCAACUAAAAGUUCCUCGAAAGGUGUCCAAAACGUAUCAAAGAUACAAAUUCUAUUUUUCAUCGAUAGAUUAUAGAGAAGAAGUUUAUUGUACAGAGGAGUGUAUAUUGUAACUGUUAUAAAUAUAUUGUUUUUAAUGAACGUAACGAAUAAUGAGACAUGUGACUUUACUUGAAGUGUGCAUGACACUAUAACGGUGUAGGUAUUUGACCCUACGAUUAAUCCUCGCGUAGCAAAUUCGAAGAUUCUAUGACUACUUAAAUACCAUCUUUAUUAAUUUCAAUUGUAGUAUAACAGAAAAAUUAAUACGCUCUGUAAGCAAACUGUAAAUAAAACUUUCCUGACUCUUUCUUGUAGAUCGCACGCAGUAAUGUAUCAGCCUUGUAUAAUACAAAACGAUCGUUCUUUCUUGUAUAUAGUACACGUAGAUCGUAAAAAAGGCGGCUUAAAAAUAAUAAAAAUAAUACAAAUAAUAAAA